AUGGCAUCCACAGCAUUGAAGUUGUCUCUCCCGAUGCCUAGCUCCCCCGACUUUCGUAUCUUUUGCGACCGAUGUAUUUUCCCGGUCCUGCUACACAGUGUUAUCGCUCUCACUGCCAUGCAGUACUACGUUUUUCAGGAAGACUGUGCUCCGAGUAACCUGCUUCGUGCUAAUGUCGACGUCUGCGUCAUGCUUGCCCCAGACUGGCAUCAAAGGCGAGCUUCUGACAAGCGCACCCUUACCAAUGUGUGUCACGGUAUACUCGUCCUACUACUCCUCGCGCUAGUAUGUCUGGGAAUUCUGGAUAUUCUCGGCUAUUUCCUGGGACUUCCAACCUUGAUCAGGGACCUUUCAAAUCAGCAGAGGUGUCGACAUAUGACUGGCGCUUUCGAUAAUGUCAAAUGGUCGUUCUAUGCUACUGGCCUGCAGUGCGAUGCGACGGUGCAGGAAUCUAUUAUUCAAGGGGCUAUCGCCGAGUACAUCCGGAACGCGGAGAAUGGGACAAUCUGUGGCACCCAGUGCUUGCGUCUGGAUCAUGGCGGUACCUGGAAUGGGUGGUUGAAGUUGGGCUCGGUCAGCAGCUUUAAAGAGGAUGCUUACUGUGGAGUCGGCCUGCCGUUUGACACAAGUCUCUCUGGUGGAAACGACAAUAUCUAA